UUUAAUUCACUUAGUGUAUCAUAGUUAACUGGUAAAUCUUAAGAUUAUUUCUAUAGUGAAAGUUUAUGGUUGCCAUUUGUGAAGGUGCAUUAUCGCAUCCACAAACAAAAAACCUAAUUUGGCUAGUUCAGUUAUUUAACUAUAAGCACGUAAAGAUUGAUCCAUUGAACCAGCCACGAUGGAUGACACUGAGAGACCGGAUCCUAUGCUUAAGCAAGUUCCACUUAUAAAAAAUCCUUCUUAUCAACCUCCUCGCCCCAUAACAUUAAAGACUAAUUAUGGUAAGCUAAUACCUACACUAUCUAAUACAGUUAUACCUCCAAAUAUUAAUAUAAGUCAGGCAGAUAUAGAUAAGUGGUUAAAUGAACUAGAAGAUAUCAAGUCAAGAAUAACAAAGAAUGUAGAAACAGAGAAAUUUAAAGAAUGGACAAAUCUACAGAAGAAGACGGUGGCGCCGGGCUUUGAUACUUUUGAAGGGGUGAUGAAACCACAGCAUAAACCUACAGUUGAACCUACUACUUCGACUCUCGAUGAAUCUCAUGAAAGUAACCCAAAUGUAAAUAACAAUGAAAAGGUCGAAGAUCAAGUCAACGAAAUCGAUAAAUUAUUUGGGAAAGUACUAUAAUUUUUGUAGUGUAAUUAAUAUAAUGCAUAUAAUUUUAAUUUUAAUGAAUGUGU